UUGUUAUCCAAAUGUGACAGACUCAAGCCAGGGUUGACUCACAGCGCCGCAACAAUUUCGUUUAAUAAUUAAAUGAAUUGAAAUUAAUUAUUUUUGUGAUUUGUUGAUGCUAGCACAGUAAACAAAGUUCAGGUUUUGGUUCACAAUGAAUCCGAUGACAAACAUGAAAAACGUGCUCAAAUUGAGCGAUCAAGAUUUGAAGUUUGGUGGUAAAAACUCCUGGCAUGAUCAGUACAAGAACAGCGCUUGGAUUUUCGUUGGUGGCUUACCAUCUGACCUAACCGAGGGAGACUUACUAGCAGUGUUCUCGCAGUAUGGCGAAAUAGUCAACAUCAAUCAUAUACGGGAUAAGAAAACGGGUAAAUCGAAAGGAUUCAGUUUCAUCUGCUUCGAAGAUCAACGUUCGACGAUUCUGACUGUGGACAACAUGAACGGAAUCAAGCUCCUGGGAAGAACGUUGCGGGUGGAUCAUGUAGCAGAUUAUAAACCUCCGAAAGACGAUAAGGCGGACGAGGAGACCCGAAGAUUAUAUAUGGAGGGAUGUGCGCCGAAGUAUAGCUAAAUCACUAAAUA